CCGAUUGGCCAACCGCCGAGAGACUCCACCGAGCUGUUCCUGCGACGCCAUCGAGAGCUCGGCUAUGGCGUCGAAGGCGACGAAGCCCGACUACGAGGCCCUCCGCGAGCUCUUCCGCCCGCACAUCGACUCCUUCAACUACUUCAUCGACGAGGGCCUCGAGAAGGCUCUCCUCUCCAUCCGCCCCGUCGAGGUCUCCGACCCCUCCACCGGUGGCAAGCUUAGAAUAUAUUUUGAGAAUCCCCAAGUUUUCCACCCGGUGAGGGAAGGCCGUAUAACUACUACCAAAGGCCGUAUAACGGAGGCUCUCUAUCCCCAUGAGUGCAGGCAAGCGAGGACAACGUAUAAAGGAGAAUUCAAGGUGACAAUUUGUCUUCAGUACAACGAACGACAGCCCGUGCAAACACCCAUGAGCUUUGGGCAUUUGCCCAUAAUGUUGAGGUCAAGACUCUGCCACUUAAAAGAUGCCGACCCUCAGAAGCUAAUUUUUCAUAAAGAGGAGGCAACUGAAAUGGGCGGUUACUUCAUUUGUAAUGGGUUGGAGCGACUUGGCCGACUUUUAAUCGUGCCGAAACGUAACUAUCCAAUGGGCAUGAUUCGUUCAUCAUUUCGUUCUCGUGGCGUUGGAUAUAGUGAUAAAGCAGUGGUCAUAAGAUGUGUUCGAGAAGACCAAUCUUCUGUGACAGUUAAGUUGUAUUACCUUCAAAAUGGAAGUGCAAGGCUUGGAUUCUGGAUAAGAGGAAGGGAGUUCUUACUUCCUGUUGGGAUUGUUUUGAAGGCUCUUAUUGACACCAGUGACCGUGAAAUCUUUGUGAGCUUGACAUGCUGUUAUAAUGAUAGAUACCAAAAGCAGAGGGGUGCAGUUGGCAGUCAAAUAAUUGGUGAAAGGGCUCAAAUAAUUCUUGAAGAAGUCAGGGAUUUGUCUCUCUUGACAAGCUCUCAGUGCUUAAAGCAUAUUGGAGAGUAUUUCCGACCUGUCAUGGAUGGAUUUGAAAAUGAGUUUCAUACAACUGUUGCAGAAGCUGUUCUUAGAGACUAUGUUUUUGUGCAUCUCACUAGAAACCAUGACAAGUUCAAUUUACUGAUUUUUAUGCUGCAGAAACUUUACGCACUUGUUGAUCAAACUGUUGCACCAGAUAAUUCUGAUGCAUUACAAAAUCAGGAGAUUCUACUGCCUGGACACUUGAUUACCAUUUAUGUCAAGGAGAAGGUUCAAGAUUGGUUAAACAAGUCAAGACGUCAGCUUCUUGAUGAGCUAGCAAAGAAAGAGAAAAAUCUGCAAAUCAGUAUGGUACACCAGGUAGCAAAGUUUUUGAAUCGAAAUGCUGCUAGUGUAGGAAGGUCCGUUGAAAGUAUGAUAAAACUUGGAAGAUUGACUACGUCAUCAAGUCUUGAUUUGCCUCAGAGAGAAGGGAUGACUAUUCAGGCUGAGAGGCUUAACUUUUACCGUUUCCUCUCACAUUUUCGUUCUGUUCAUAGAGGUGCUUCUUUUGCAAAAAUGCGCAUAACAAGCGUUCGAAAAUUGCUGCCCGAGUCUUGGGGCUUCCUUUGCCCUGUUCACACGCCUGAUGGGGAGCCUUGUGGCUUGCUGAACCAUAUGACUUCUACAUGCUGCAUUUCAUCUUUCUAUGAUUCUGAAGGAAAAGUUAAAGAUUUUCUUAAAAUAAGAAUGUCUAUUAUGACUGUUUUGGUUGGGGUUGGAAUGACACCCUUGCUGCCGAAGCUUGAGCGGGCUGGCCCUCCAGUAGUUCUUCAUGUUCUUUUAGAUGGAUGUGUCGUAGGCUCAAUUGCUUCUAGUAAAGUUGAGAAAGCUGUUGCACACAUUCGGAGCUUAAAACUUUCAUCUCUGUCAGGGGUUCCUAAUGAUUUGGAGGUCGGCUAUGUACCCCUGAGUUUGGGUGGGACCUAUCCUGGCUUGUACCUGUUUACUUCUCCAUCAAGAUUUAUUCGGCCAGUUAGAAAUAUAUCCCAUUCUUCAGACAGCAAUCUUAACAUUGAGCUUAUUGGGCCAUUUGAACAGGCUUUUAUGGAAAUAAGAUGUGCUGAUGGUGGAGAUGGUGGAAGAAGAGAGUCCUUCCCUGCAACACAUGAAGAAAUCCACCCAACUGGAAUACUUAGUGUAGUUGCCAAUCUCACUCCUUGGUCUGAUCACAAUCAGAGUCCUCGCAACAUGUACCAGUGUCAGAUGGCAAAGCAGACAAUGGGUUUUUCUGCCCAAGCUUUACAAUUUCGUGCAGAUGUGAAGUCAUAUCAUCUUCAGACUCCACAAUCACCAAUUGUGCGGACAGCUUCAUACAGUAAAUAUUGCAUGGAUGAAUUCCCGACAGGGACAAAUGCAAUUGUAGCAGUUUUGGCAUACACGGGUUAUGAUAUGGAGGAUGCCAUGAUCUUAAAUAAGUCAUCUGUUGAUCGUGGGCUAUGUCGUGGGCAUAUAUAUCAGACGGAAUCUAUUGACUUAACUAAGAAUCAUGACAGAGAAGAUCGAGUUUUAGAAAUCUUUGCGAGGAGCAGUGAGAAAACCAUGAAGUCUUCAAUUGAUUCAGAUGGCCUUCCUUACAUUGGACAGGUGAUACACCCAAAUGAGCCUUUGUAUAGCUCUUAUAAUACACUUACCAGUGUAACGAAACCUACACGGCUGAAGGGCUCAGAACCAGUCAUUAUCGACUAUGUUACUGUGGAUGGUACUACCUCAAAGAAUUACAUGCAAAAGGUGAAUAUUCGUACCCGCCGCACUAGGUAUCCUAUAAUCGGCGACAAGUUUAGCAGCAGACAUGGGCAAAAGGGUGUCUGCUCUCAGUUAUGGCCUGACAUUGACAUGCCAUUUUCUGCUGUCACUGGGAUGCGACCAGAUCUCAUUAUCAAUCCUCAUGCAUUUCCUUCAAGAAUGACCAUUGGAAUGCUUUUAGAAUCUAUUGCAGCUAAGGGAGGAAGUCUGCAUGGAAAAUUUGUAGAUGCAACCCCUUUCCAAAACUCAGUCAGUGAAAAAGAUGAAGAUAGACCAUCUAAAUCAAGCACUCUGGUUGAUGAGCUGGGUCCAAUGCUGGCCUCUUAUGGUUUCAACUAUCAUGGAGUAGAGGUCUUAUAUAGUGGAGUUUUUGGUACAGAGUUAACUUGUGAAAUUUUUAUUGGACCUGUUUAUUACCAACGCCUUCGACACAUGGUCUCUGACAAAUUCCAGGUUCGCUCUACCGGAACCGUGGACCAGAUCACUAGACAGCCUAUUGGAGGAAGGAAACGUGGGGGAGGGAUCCGUUUCGGGGAGAUGGAGCGUGAUUCAGUUCUUGCUCAUGGAGCUGCCUACUUGUUACAUGACAGGCUCCACUCAUGUUCUGAUUAUCACAUAGCUGAGGUAUGCUCAUUUUGUGGAAGUGUUCUCACAGCAUCUGUCAUCCAACCUCAAAAGAGAGCAGUUCGAGAAAUUCAUGGGCUCCCUCCUGCAAGAACUCCCAAGAGUUACACAUGUCAUGCCUGCAAAACAAGCAAGGGAAUGGAGACAGUAGCAAUGCCUUACGUUUUCAAGUAUCUAGCGGCAGAAAUGGCAGCAAUGAAUAUAAAAAUGGAGCUCCAGUUGAGUAACAGAGCAGGAUCCGGAGGUUGAGGACGUCUGGAAAAUCCCAAAAAUAUCUUUAGAAGUGCUGAAGCCACUUGGAAAGUCAAUUUUUUGAUACUGCCACCAGCAACUGAAAACUGAAGUUAUUCUGUUAAAGCCUCAUGUUUUUAUCUCGGAUUGCUAAGUUAGGAGGAUGGUGAUGUGACCAAAAGCAUCACUUUUGAAAUGAGAGCACUUUUAUAUCUUCAUUGUACAACAGAACUGGAGUUGGGGAUGUUUUGUUCUAUUUAAGAUAACAAUUUUUUCUAUUUUAUUUCCAAACUUGGGGUUUAGUAUCUCAUUGUAUGCCCGUGCCAUGUAUCAAUAUAUUAUAAUAUUAUUUAAUUUUUCAGUUGCUUGCUUCCUGCGCAUCAAAUGCGAUGCCAGAAUUCA